ACCAUGUCCAUACUCUUCAAACACAAAAUAUUUAAAAGUUCUAUAAAAACAACACUCAAACACCAUGAUCAAAACUUCAAGUUGUAUAUUUUCUUUCUUGGUUCUUAUAUGUUUCUUGGUGGUGGUGGCUUUUGGUGGUACUUUCGACCAAGAAUUUGAUGUUACAUGGGGUUAUGGGAGGGUGAAAAUACUCGAAAACGGGCAACUUCUCACUCUUUCCCUUGAUAGAAGUUCUGGCUCUGGAUUUAAGUCUAAACAACAAUAUAUGUUUGCAAAGAUUGACAUGAAGAUCAAACUUGUCCCUGGUAAUUCUGCUGGCACCGCUACUACAUACUAUUUAUCUUCAGUGGGGUCAGCUCAUGAUGAGAUUGACUUUGAGUUUCUUGGGAAUGUAAGUGGAGAACCAUAUACUCUUCAUACAAAUGUGUAUGCACAAGGCAAGGGAGAUAGGGAACAACAAUUUUAUCUUUGGUUUGACCCUACUAAGGAUUUCCACACCUACUCUAUUCUUUGGAAUCCUCGAAAUAUCAUAUUUUUAGUAGAUGGGACACCAAUAAGGCAAUACAAGAAUCUUGAAGCAACAAAUGGAAUACCUUACCCAAAGAACCAACCAAUGUGGUUAUACUCAAGUCUAUGGAAUGCUGAGGAAUGGGCAACAAGAGGUGGCCUUGUAAGGACUGAUUGGAGUAAAGCCCCUUUUAUUGCUUCUUAUAGAAACUUCAAUGCCCAAACUUCCAAGAAUCCCAUAGCCAAUUCUUGGUUAACUCAAUCAUUGGAUAAUGUUGGCUUAGCAAGGAUGAAAUGGGUGCAAAAGAACUAUAUGAUAUACAAUUAUUGCACUGAUACUAAACGUUUCCCUCAAGGAUUCCCUCAUGAAUGCACUCUAAACUAAUAAGUAUUUGUCUUAAAAUUUCCUCUAUUUAUUUUUUCUUCCGAGUGAAAAGGUAAGAGUUGUCAUUGUGUGAAUAAAAAGAUUAUUAUAGUUUUCAAUGGUUGAAAGUUGAAACAACUUCUUGCAGAAAUGCAUAUGAUAAAGAUGAGUAUGUGUUAGAAGCUUAGUGUAUUAAGCUGUCCUUUUUAAAAAGUUAUUGUCUUUGUUUUUAUUUUAUAUUUUAUAUUAUACUAUAAAGAAAUGUAUAGUAGCCCAUUUGAGAGUGAUAUUGUUUGAUUGUACUUAUGUGAUAAGUUGGAAAUAUUGUUUCAGAUCUUGA